UAACCUCCUCUUUUCGUGUUGUGGAUAAAAGGCUUGGACCUUAGUAGAGCUUGUCAGAGAAGCUGAGCACAGUAGUGGGUGUAGUUCUGUAGUGUGCAGACACAUUCCUAUUCAAUCAGGGUCAAUCUGCAGAUUGGCAGCUCAGAAACAACAUCACCAUAAUGAAUAAGGAGAAAGAACUAAGAGCAGCAUCACCUUCGCUUAGACAUGUUCAGGAUCUUAGUAGUCGUGUGUGGAUCCUGCAGAACAAUAUCCUCACUGCAGUCCCAAGGAAAGAGCAAACAGUUCCAGUCACUAUUACCUUGCUCCCAUGCCAAUAUCUGGACACUCUUGAGACGAACAGGGGGGAUCCCACGUACAUGGGAGUGCAAAGGCCGAUGAGCUGCCUGUUCUGCACAAAGGAUGGGGAGCAGCCUGUGCUACAGCUUGGGGAAGGGAACAUAAUGGAAAUGUACAACAAAAAGGAACCUGUAAAAGCCUCUCUCUUCUAUCACAAGAAGAGUGGUACAACCUCUACAUUUGAGUCUGCAGCCUUCCCUGGUUGGUUCAUCGCUGUCUGCUCUAAAGGGAGCUGCCCACUCAUUCUGACCCAAGAACUGGGGGAAAUCUUCAUCACUGACUUCGAGAUGAUUGUGGUACAUUAAGGUUUUUAGACACAUUGCUCUGUGGCACUCUCUCAAGAUUUCUUGGAUUCUAACAAGAAGCAAUCAAAGACACCCCUAACAAAAUGGAAGACUGAAAAGAAAGCUGAGCCCUCCCUGGGCUGUUUUUCCUUGGUGGUGAAUCAGAUGCAGAACAUCUUACCAUGUUUUCAUCCAAAGCAUUUACUGUUGGUUUUUACAAGGAGUGAAUUUUUUAAAAUAAAAUCAUUUAUCUCAUUUGC